UACAGAUGGUCAUGGUCCAGCCUCGUGUCUUUCCUCACCCAACAUGAAAGCAAUGGAACAAAGAAACAACCCAAGCAGUUCGAGCCACCCGACCGUUGAAGAGGUGGCUUGGAGUUUAGAAAGUAACAAGGGAGGCACGUCGCAUACUGUUCUCUGAAGCUGUGUAACAAAGAGCUUUCCAGUUUCUCCACGGUUCUCUUCUCCUCCAUCCUCCAAUGGCACCACCACCCCCCUCUCAGAUUCCGAACGCCGAAAGCAAUAGAAUUUAUGUCAGUAACAAGGAGGCAAGAGUCGUGAGGAACUGCAGAGUGAAGUGCAACCCAGUUCUAUCAGAGCAGAAGAUUUCGAUAAGAGGAGUAGUUGAUGAGCUGAUGAAGUUGGGCAGUCCAGAGAAAAGACUCAUCUCCUUGGGUGUCGGCGAUGCGGCGUCGUCUCAGUGCUUUCAGAAGGGGAAGGAGAGCUUCUCGAAGGCCGUCGCUGAUGCGGUCUCCUCAUCGGCGUUCGACUGCUAUGCUCCUUCCUAUGGCUUUCCCUUUGCCCGUCGUGCAGUGGCAGAGUAUUUGUCAAGGGACGUGAAGCAUGGCAUCAGGGAGGGGGACGUGUACUUGACUGUGGGAGGCACACAGGCUCUCCAAGUGUGCUUGACGGUGCUGGCCAGCCCUGGAGCCAACUUGCUGCUGCCUCGCCCUGGCUUUGCCCCUUAUGAAGCUGCCUGUGAAAUCUAUGGCAUCGAGGCCCGGUUCUACCUCCUUCAGCCCCAUCAUGGAUGGGAGCUCGAUCUCGAUCAGGUUCGGUCCCUCGCCGAUGCCGACACUGUCGGCAUCGUCGUCAUCAACCCCAGCAACCCCUGCGGCGCCGUCUUUUCUCCCUACCACCUCCAGCAGAUUGCUGAGACUGCAAGGGACUUGAAUAUCCCCCUAAUUGCUGAUGAGUUAUAUGGGCAUAUGGUCUAUGGUGGGAGCAAAUUUGUGCCACUGGCCUCUUUUGCUCAUUUGACACCAGUUAUUACCGUAGGAGCUUUGUCAAAGCGUUGGAUGGUUCCUGGAUGGCGUCUUGGAUGGAUAGCCAUAUGCGAUCCUAAUGAGAGUUUUAAACAAGUUAAAGUGGCAAUUGAGAUGCUUAUGAACGUAACAUCCGGUCCAGCUUCUGUAAUUCAGGCAGCAGUUCCUAGUAUUCUUUCUAAUUCACAUGAGGAAUUUCACAAGAAUGUCCUCAUAGUGUUGGAGUCCACAGCUGAAACACUUUACACAAGAAUAGCUCAUAUUGAAGCACUGCAAUGUCACUCAAGGCCUCAGGGUUCCAUGUUCAUGAUGGUUGAGAUCAACCCAGCCCUUCUACUUGGCAUAGAGAAUGACAUGGACUUUGCCAGGGAGUUGAUGAAAGAAGAAUCUGUCUUGGUGCUUCCAGGUUUUGUCAUUGGUUUGAAGAACUGGCUGAGGAUAUUCUUUGGAGUUCAUUCCAAUGUACUAAGUGAGGCUUGUGACAGGAUUGAAUCCUUUUGCAAGAGGCGCCACCCAACAAAUUGAUCUGUCAAGUGAAUAUAGGAAUUACAAGCCAUGCAUGAUCAACAUGUGAUAACUUUUUUUUUUUUUCCAAAUAUAACUUUGUUUUUGAGUUUUCUUACACAUACUAAUUUAGAUUAUACAAGUGCAGUACUUCAAGUAAAUUGUUUUGUAAGCAAUGCUUUUGAAUGAUGGAAAAAGGUGGCACCAAAUUAAAUUGAUGGGCUGGAGAUGCUCUAAUGCAUUAGCAUCCUUCUGACUCACCUUA